CCCCUCGUCAUCCGGGUCCCGGACGAGCGGGCGCCCUGCGCUUGUCCCGCGGCCGGGCUGCUAAUAAAGUUGCGGCGCGUGCACAGCGCAGCGACGGCGUGAGGAGAGCGCGCCCGGGCGGCAAGGAGGUGAUUAUAGGUGCCUGUGGAGGAGGACAAAAGAGGCUGUUAUAUCUUCUGGAGCUGGAGUAGUGUGCAGGUGUUUUUGAACCACCUGAUUUCAGGCGUUGGGAUCCUCUCAAGAACAACCUUGAGCCAUCUUUAAUCCCUGAGCCAUCUCUCCCACCCCAAGAUGCCUAUGAAGAAUUUUGGAAAAAAAUGCACUUGUACCAAUGAAAGAAGCAUAUGGCACCUGUGAAAUUAAAUGCACUCCCCAUCCUCCACUCGGACCUUCUGCUUGAGACCUGCAUGUGACUUUUCACCUGCGAGCUACACUUUUUGUAUCUACUGACUUUGAUUACAGGAAAGUCUCUGAAGAUUCGUAUCAAAUGACGUCAAUGGCCAGCUUGUUUUCUUUCACUAGUCCAGCUGUGAAGCGAUUGUUGGGCUGGAAACAAGGUGAUGAAGAAGAAAAAUGGGCAGAAAAGGCAGUCGAUGCUUUAGUGAAAAAACUAAAGAAGAAGAAGGGUGCCAUGGAGGAGUUGGAGAAAGCUUUGAGUAGCCCGGGACAGCCAAGCAAGUGUGUCACUAUCCCCAGGUCCUUGGAUGGACGCCUGCAGGUUUCUCACAGGAAAGGCUUACCCCAUGUUAUAUACUGUCGCGUCUGGCGCUGGCCAGAUUUGCAGAGCCAUCAUGAGCUAAAGCCAUUGGAGAUCUGUGAAUUUCCUUUUGGGUCUAAGCAAAAGGAAGUUUGUAUCAACCCAUACCACUAUAAGAGAGUGGAAAGUCCAGUCUUACCUCCAGUGUUAGUGCCUCGUCACAAUGAAUUCAAUCCACAGCACAGCCUUCUGGUUCAGUUCAGGAACCUGAGCCACAAUGAACCGCACAUGCCACAGAACGCCACGUUUCCAGACUCUUUCCAUCAGCCCAACAAUACUCCUUUCCCCUUAUCUCCUAACAGCCCUUACCCUCCUUCCCCUGCUAGCAGCACAUACCCCAACUCCCCAGCAAGUUCUGGACCAGGAAGUCCAUUUCAACUCCCAGCUGACACACCUCCUCCUGCCUAUAUGCCACCUGAUGAUCAGAUGGGUCAAGAUAAUUCCCAGCCUAUGGAUACAAGCAAUAACAUGAUUCCUCAGAUCAUGCCCAGCAUAUCCAGCAGAGAUGUUCAGCCUGUUGCCUAUGAAGAGCCCAAACACUGGUGUUCAAUUGUCUACUAUGAACUAAACAACCGUGUUGGGGAAGCUUUUCAUGCAUCAUCUACUAGCGUGUUAGUAGAUGGAUUCACAGACCCUUCAAAUAACAAGAGUAGAUUCUGCUUGGGGUUGUUGUCAAAUGUUAAUCGCAAUUCAACUAUUGAGAACACUAGGCGACAUAUUGGAAAAGGUGUUCAUCUGUACUACGUUGGUGGGGAGGUGUAUGCCGAAUGUCUUAGUGACAGCAGCAUCUUUGUUCAGAGUAGGAACUGCAACUUUCACCAUGGCUUCCAUCCUACCACUGUCUGUAAGAUUCCCAGCAGCUGUAGCCUCAAAAUUUUUAACAAUCAGGAGUUUGCUCAGCUUCUGGCUCAGUCCGUCAACCAUGGGUUUGAGGCCGUGUAUGAACUCACCAAGAUGUGCACCAUUCGAAUGAGUUUUGUCAAGGGCUGGGGAGCGGAGUACCAUCGGCAGGAUGUUACCAGUACUCCAUGCUGGAUUGAGAUUCACCUCCAUGGGCCUCUUCAGUGGCUGGAUAAAGUCCUUACUCAGAUGGGCUCUCCGCUGAACCCUAUUUCUUCUGUUUCAUAGUGCAGAAGUAUUCUUUUCAACUAUAUUUUUAGUGGACUUGUUUUAAUUUUAGAGGAAUUUCCAGUACAGAUACUGUGAGCUCACAUGGAAAAACAGAUAUUGUGGCUUAUUUUUUCUACAUAAUUGUGACCAAUACAUUUGUAUUUUAUGAUGAAUUUACAUUUGUUUGUAUUCAUGUUCAUUGUGAUUAACUUUCAAAGUAUUGUAAACGGUGUAGAGUGUUUUGCCCCCGUUAAGAAGUCUAGCAUUGAUCUUUAACUGGAACAUGCUUUUGCUUGUGUCCCAACAGUUUUUAAUUUGUUAAUUUUUUAAAGAGUAGUGCAUCACAUAAUGAAAAUGUACCCUGUAAGAGGGCACAUAUUGUGAAAAGUACUAGGUGACACUCUUCUGGUAAUUGCUUUGUCCUACCACCUUUGCAAAAGCAUACUACAUUGUUUUGCAAAAACAUAUGGUAGAGACUCAAAGGAGACUAUUGAAUCUCUUAUUUGAAGGACACUGCACUUCUAAUGUGGUGUUCAGUGAAAACAAGAUGGUAGAUUUUAGAUGCCAUACAUUUACAUUUAGUAUAGCUAAGUGUUUGUCGGUGUAAUGUGACUUCAUGCUAUAUAUCUUUUGUAAAACAUUUCCUUUUUAAGAAUCUCUAGUAUAUGUCAUUUACUCAAAUUUGUCAUAAGUUCUACUUAACAGUUACAGUGUGUGCACGGCCUUGUUCAGCUGUGUUUGCUGCUUUGGGCCAAUGUUUCAAGAACUCUAAUUUUAAUGUGUAUCAGUCUUAUCAUUUUGCACUUUUAUGGUUAACGGUUUUUAGUGUAACCUCUGGUAAAACAUAGUCAGGUGGUCUGCUCUUAGAUUUUUCCCUUUACCUUCUUGGCACUCCUUUGUAUCAACACUACCAUUUAGAGAUUACAGUUGUAGGCUGUGGUGCAUUUUCUAGCUUUUAAUUUUCAAUUUAGUUUAUAAAAUUGUUAUUCUAUAGCUCCAGCUGAGGUGCCUGAUAAUACCUACAAUUUCCCGAGUAUUAUUAAUGUUGGAUGAUUAUGUACUUAAUACCAUUGCUCUUAUACCAGGCUUCUCAUACAAGGACCUAUGCAAUGUAACCAUCAGAGGCUCUUUGGUUGGGUUCCAACAGCGCGGCUGCUGGUGUGAUGAUAAAUGGAACAUCAGUGUGGGUUGGGAUAGCUCGUUUCACUUGUCAUUUAACAAAGACUUGUCUCUUGGCAUCAAUGCUCUUGCCUUUUUCUUUUUAUCCCUUUAGAACCUACAAGAAUGCUAGUCUCCAGAACACCAUCUUUUAAGAGAAAGGAUGUGAACACUCUUAGGACAACUGUUUAGUUCACUGUGCCUUUGGCCUUAGGACUUGUAACCACUAACCACUUUCUAGGGAGCAGUAAGAUUGACCUGAUGGCCUUGAGAAUGAAGACACUACUUUGAUAAAGAAAAAAAUGGCCUACUUUUCUUACCAGAGUAAGAAGCUUUAUUUUCUGGUGCCUUUUGAAGAUAUACAGAUCCACUUUGUCCUUCUGCUGAAAGUAUCACUUUGGUUUG